AUGCGGCGGUUACGAACCGUCCUGUUACAGGAUCUAGCCGUCUUACAGCCCCGGUUUCCCUCACUCCCUUUCUUCGCCUACCCCCCCUUUUCUGGGCCCGAUUGGGGGGCGUUUGCCCUUGCGGUACGGUCGGACGUAGCUGCAAGCGAGCCGCCGAGCCUGCUUCUACAGCGGGCUUUGCCCGAGAUCAGCGCCGCUUUUGAGAGCUCUCGGGACGCAGUCUUGCGCAAUAGCGGCCGGCUAAUCGGGGACCUUGAGCGCCGGCUCGACACCCAGCUAAAGAGCCUAGAUACCCGGCUCAACAGUGUCCAAGACAGCCUGGGUGCCUUGAUCCAAGGCCGAGUGCCCAUCCCUCUUAGAGGAUAUCUAGGUGGCCCGGAUGCCCUGGGUGCUCUGGGCGGGCCGGUUACCUUGGUUACCCCGGCCGCAGCUGCUCCAGCCGAGCCGAGUCCCACUGUUUUCCAAACCUUGACGAAGGCCUAUACGGUACAGGAUGUCUGGAGAGACUGGAAGGAGGGCGUCGCUGGCCGACCAGCCGUACGAGAGCUAGAGGAGCGGUGGGGGAGCCGCUGGCGCCCGGGCGGUACGAUCAGGGUCCAAUUCUGCCGCCGGAAGGUCAUCUGGGACGAGCUCUUAACACGCAUAGCACGCGGUCAAAGCGAGGACGAGGCUGUCGCAGAGCUAGAGCGGCUGCGGGAGGGCCGUAGCCUUAACCAGCUCAUUGACAGCCUAAAGCUGCGCCGUCGAAGGAGCAGAAAGCCAGCCACAGCUGCCCAGAACAUCUCCUGA